AGAAAAGAAAAAAAAAAAAACAGAAAAACACAAAAUCCACAAUUUACAAGUCACAAAAAAAGCAUUCGUCAUGGCCGCUAACCUACAGAGCGUUGAAACUUUAUUUAAAGAAUUAAAAGCCGAAUGGGGCAAAAAAACUUUAAAUUUACAAAAAUGCGGUUCAUUGCUGGACAAUUUAAAGAUCGCUUUGACGAAAUUGUCCUAUUUGCCAACAGGAAACAUCAAAACUCCAAAAGAAGAAAUGAUUUUGGCUCGUGAUGUUCUCGAAAUUGCUGUUGAAUAUAGUGUGAAAAACAAAGAUAUACCAGCAUUUGAAAGAUAUAUUUCUCAAUUGAAAUGUUAUUACUAUGAUUACAAACAAGAAAUUGGCGAAUCGGUUAACAUGUACAAGCUAUUGGGACUUAAUUUGUUGUUCCUUUUAUCGGUAAACCGCGUUUCCGAAUUCCACACCGAAUUGGAACUCUUGUCUGCCGAAAUCAUUCAAACGAAUAAGUUUAUUCGUCCAAUCUUAGCUCUGGAACAGUAUAUUAUGGAAGGUCGCUACAACAAAAUAUUCCAAGCAAAAAAUAGCGCACCAUCUGAUAUCUACAAUUAUUUCAUGGACAUGUUGUUGGAAACAGUUCGUAAUGAAAUUGGAGCAUGCAUUGAGAAAUCCUACGAAAAGAUAUCUGUUGCCGAAGCAGCAGUACGUUUAAAUCUCAAAACGCCCGCUGAAGUUAAAGCAUUUGGAGCCAAACGCAAUUGGACCCUAAACGGCGAGAUUUACAAUUUUGUGGAUAAAACAGCUAAACCUAAAGAAGCAUUACCAUCCGUUGAAUUGGCCGAGCAGGCAAUAUUCUAUGCUCGAGAACUGGAGAUGAUAGUGUAGAAAAAUAAUAUUAUACGAACAAUAAAAAUAUUCAAACAUUUGUUUCUCUUAACCUUUGUAUUUCACAAAUAAAAUCAUUCAUUUACAUGAAAAUAUAA